UCAUGACCACGUCGCGACAUACACGUUCAAUGUGUAUUCACUUAAGGGGGGGAAAUGUUAAUUAGGUUAUGAGUGCACGAGUGCCUGGAUUUACAAACUCGUAUUAGAUUAUUAUAUAAAAACAAAAAUAGACUAACAAUAAGCGGUAAUAAAUAUGUCACGAACAAAGUCGGACAAAAAUGGAAACACGGCAAAGACAGAACUGAGCGUUUGGACACGAGCGAUUACUGCCAACUCGGAGUGGCCUGACAAGGAAGAAUUCCUCGAUGUAAUAUACUGGUCAAGACAAGCAAUAGGAAUUAUUGUCGGCAUUGGAUGGGGAUUAAUUCCGCUAAAAGGAUUUAUAGCCUUAUUAUUAUUCUUCUUAGUUAAUGCUGGUGUAAUGUAUGUGUACUUUAGUAAUUUUCAACAAGUUGAUGAAGAAGAAUAUGGCGGACCUUGGGAAUUGACCAAAGAAGGAUUCGUGACAUCGUUUGCUGGUUUUUUGGUAACUUGGAUAAUCAUAUAUUCCGGUCUUCACUUUGACUGAUUCCAAUUCAGGAGAGAAAUAGCUGCUCAAUAACCUGCCAAUCAACAAAUUUUUGGUAAAAUUGCAACAUUUCAGGAAACAAACUUGGCACCUCUGAAUGCGCGCUAAGCAAGGCUCUCUCCAGCACGUACAGAUCCACGGCUUUGUCUUCGGCUGUAGAUUCGACAUGAGCUAGUCCGAAAUCUAUCAGGAUAAUCUCUCCUAAGAAAUGAUGUUUAAAAUUAGAAGGUGACGAAUUAAACUUUGAAGUUCCUGGUGACAGGAAUUCAAUUUAAGGAGCAAUAAAAUGAAUCACCUUCGACAUUA